ACACACACACACACACACACACACACACACACCUAAGGCAUAAUUUUGGUGCAAUUCACAAUACAUUGCUAUAAGAUUUUCGUUGAUAAUUUUCAAGUUUUGGUUAAAUAUUUAGUUUUCCUUAUAUUUAGUCGCACUUCCAAUUGUAUUACUUUUGUUUAGCAGUGUCUGGUGUAUACUGUUAGUAUGCUACAUUUCUAAAGCAGUAUCCAGGGCAUAACAGUUUCACCCAUACACAUUUUAAUACAAGCUUGAUUAGCCCCAGUGUCUAGGUAACAAGCUCAGGUGUGUCUUAUUAAACUCGUAGCAAAACCAGGAAUGGAUCAAACUGCUAUGCAAUGGGAGUUAUUUCCACCCCUGCUUUUUACACUAAAAUACAGGCCAGUAUCAACAUUAUUAGCCAAAUGAGUGGGCUGUGGAAUGGUAAAAUAUGCAGGGGGCUCUGUACUAGCUGGCUGUGUGCCUUGUUUGUGUUUGUGUUCCCAGCAGCACUGGUGAUGUGGAGGGGUGUGACGGGACAGGACUUUGAGAACCGUCCUCCCGGGACCGCGCUCUCCUCCAGCGAGUACAGCACCUUCUUCUCAGCCCUGCGCCCCUCCUGGAAAGCCAGUGUGACCUGCGAGAUCAGGAGGUCCCACGGCUGCAAUGACCCCCAGCUCCUGCGCCUGGACCAGUUUGAGAACCACGGCGUCCUGCCCAAAGGGCCGAUCUGCACUGACCUUCCAGGGUCUCCCAGAUUCAGCAGCUUCUGCCAGUUUGCCCAGUUCCGCUGUUCGAACCACCUCUACUACGCCAUGAGAGUGGACUGCGACAGUGAUACCCGGUCACCCUACUAUCCUGCGGAGUCCGUCAUGCAGGACACAGUGAAGCAGGUGGAGAGCAACAUGAACCCCAGAGUACAAGACAGGCCCAUCUAUCCAGAGUCUGGACCUGUCUAUCCUGAACCCCCUCAGAACGUCCGCUCACUGGAACCCCAAUACUCCGGCCCUCCCCAAAGCCCCCUUUUAGCAGAGCCUCAGAACCCCCGUUCAUGGGAGCCCGAGUACCCCAAUCCUGCCCCUCCCCAGAACCCCCCUUCAGGAGUCUCUCAGGGACGGCUGGAGCCCCAGAUGAUGAGGCCUCCUGAGGGCGGUCAGCACCCCUUUUUACUGGGGCCCUGGUUCCCUGGCCAUGUGAAAAAAACAAACAAAAAAAAGGUCAUGCUUCACCUAAAUCGCUCUCCCACCUCCUUCUCGGAGGAGGAUCGUGCGCAACGCCCUUCAGAGGACCUCGAAGAUCAAGACCCUGGCCCCACGGAAACCCCCCCUUUACAAGCGUCGCCCCGCUCCCCUCCACCACCUCCUCCCUACUUUCCUCAGGAGGGUUCAAUGCCUUCGGACGGAAAAGAAGACACUCUAAAGGGCAGGCUGUGGGGGAUGAGCACUGUCGAGAUGCUGCACAUCCUGUGUGCAGAGCUGCUGUUCGGGAGCUGCCUGCAGUCCACCACGGCGCGGGUGUGGAUGGAGCACGAAGACCACAGGCAGAGCUUCGGAGAGCUGUGUCUGCCUGUCUACCUGUUGGUCUCUGUAUGUUUGCAUGUCUCUGCAUGUGUGUGUCUCUGUGUGUGUAUGUCUGUCUGUCUGUGUCUCUGCAUGUGUGUCCCCCUCUCUGUCUGUAUCUCCCUCUCUGUCUCCAUCUGUCCCUCUCUCUGUGUGUCUCCCUCUCUGUUUCCCUCUCUGUCUCUCCGUCUUCCUCUGUGUGUCUCACUGUCUCCCUCUCUUUUCCCUCUGUCUCUCCGUCUUCCUCUGUCUGUGUGUCUCUCUGUCUGUGUGUGUAUGUCUCCCUGUCUCCCUCUCUGUUUCCCUCUCUGUCUCUCUUGUCUUCCUCUGUCUGUGUGUCUCUCUGUUUGUGUGUCUCUCUGUCUGUGUGUAUGUCUCUGUCUCCCGCUCUCCCUCUCUGUCUACCUCUCUUCUCCCCAGGUAUGUGACAGUCUGGGCCGGCAGCACCAGGACUCUUGCCCGCUGUGUGCUUUCUGCUCUCUGAAGAUGGAGCAGUGCCAUGCCAGCGGGAAUGUGAAUCGAGUGAAGUGCGCAGACGGGCUGAACCACACCAGCUACCUGAACCCCAAGAUACAGGCAGAGCACGAGAACAUAGGCAACCAGGUAGGCACUCCCAAAGGCAAUGAGUUCCUGGGCAUGGAGCUGUACGGGGGGAUGCGGUUUGAGUACUGGUGCGGGCGGCUGGCCAGUUAUGGCUGCGAUGACCAGAGAGUGGCCAACUGGCUACUGACAGAGUACAUGCUGUUCCAGGCAGGGGAAUACCCAAACAAGAUCUGUGACUCGGAUGGCUUCAUGCACCCUCACUACUGCAGCUUCAAGAGCUAUCAGUGUCGACGCUACAGCAUAGAAAACAUCCUGGUAGCUCGGAUGACUUGUGAGAACGAUAAGAGCUACAGAGUUUUAAACACGGAGCGCGGGGAAGAGGAGGUGCUUCUCUGGAGCCAGAAGUUCUUGAGCUACACUCAGGGAUAGAGCAAGCCGCUCCGUGCAGCCAUACCCAGCCUGCUUACUGUUACUGCGGUUAUUCCUUUUAUUUUAAAAGUGCUCAGAUUUUUUAAGGUUCAUAACGCAGCUGUCUGUGUGUGUUUCUGUGUGUGUGUGUGUGUGUGUCUGUUUGUUUGUUUGUCUGUCUGUCUGUCUAUCUGAGUGAGCCUGUGUGGGUGUGGAUGUGGGUGUGUUUGUGUGAGUGUGUCUGUGUGUGUCUGUCUGUUUGUGUGAACCUGUGUGUCUGUGAGCGUGUCGAUGUGUUUGUAUGUGUCUGUCUGUCUGUCUGUGUGAGCUUGUGUGAGUGUGUUUGUGUGUGUCUGUCUGUCUGUGUGAGUGUGUGUGUCUCUGUGAGCCUGUAUGUCUGUGUGAGUGUGUCUGUGUGAGUCUGUGUAUGGGUGUGUUUGUGUGUGAGUGUGUGUGGGUGUGUUUGUGUGGGUCUGUGUGUCUUUGUAAAGUGUGUGCGUGCGUGUGUUUGUGUGUGAGUGUGUUUGUGUGUGUCUGUCUGUCUGUGUGAGUGUCUGUGUCUCUGUGAGCCUGUAUGUCUGUGUGAGUGUGUUUAUGUGAGUGUGUGUGUGAGUCUGUGUAUGGGUGUGUUUGUCUGUGUGUGUGUUUGUCUGUGUGAGUGCGUGUGCGUACGUGUGCUUGGGUGUGUGUGUGUGUGUGUGUGUGAAUGUUUGUGAUUUCUCGCUACGACUUUCAUACGUCACACUUUCAUAAACAAAAGCAACAAAAAAAUUCUCAGAGGCGGCAGGGCUGCCACAUUCCUCUUCCUAUCAGUCAGUGUGACUCCCUUCUCCUGUCUCUUAAGAUGUAAAACUACCUUCCCCUUCUCACUGAUUCAGUUAGUAUGUGCAGAGGAGCCUGUCUCUGCUGGUAUCACACUGUUUUCUUGCUAAUACAGUUAACCAUGUCUCUUAUGCUGUUCGUUUGUCUAUGAGGGUUUCACAGACUGGUAAAGCAGUUGCGCUACAGUGAUGGUUUAAACAUGUUCACCGUGUCUGUGUGUCGGUCUCUCUGGCUAUCUAUCAGUCUGUCUCAUCAAUAAAUCAGUGGGGAUUAUUUUAGCAUUAAUACCUUCCAGAUGGCUUUACCUGCUCCAUCACUGACCCUCAACUUUGGACAAUUUGUUUAGGGGUGGUGAUUCUCACGUUGGAGUAGAACAGCUCUAAAAAACAUAAUCAGGGUCACUUAUCAAACAUGUAAUGCCCCCUGAAGAGGAUAUUAAUGCAAUUAUGAACAAGAAUGAGCCUUUUUUGUAAACAGUUUGAAUGUGUUUGUGAUUUGUUUCUGUACCGGAUGACAUCGAGUUGCAGCGAGUUUCAGAAAGCCUGUCUGCUUCAUACGAGAGGCACUGCAGGGUAAGAGCUGUGACCUGCAAGGUGUAAAACGUGUGGAGAAGAAGGAGGUGCAUUUAAACACAACACAGAGACGAUGCAGUGGCAGUGCAGUGACCCUUGUGACUGAACUGAAUGCAGCCGUGUUGGAUUACCUGUAUAUCCAUAGGCAGAUAAUCAAGGGGUUAGGAAUCGUUUUAGAGUCUUAAACAGAAAGAUCUCAGAUGGGAAGAGCUGUCAGAUUAUAUAUAUAUAUAUAUAGAGAGAGAGAGAGAGAGAGAGAGAGAGAGAGAGAGAGAGAGAGAGAGAGAGACAGACAGAGAGAGAAUUCAAAACCGCUCUAUACCCAAGGAGAAUCACUAGAAAUCCUUAAUGGAGAUAACUGAUAACUCACUGUUAUAAAAAUUAGAUACAAUAUUUCGGCUUCUGCCUUCAAAUAGCAUGAUAGAAUUAGCCAGGUAGAUUGUUAUAGUUCUUUAAGUCUACCUAGCUAGAGUUGAAAUGUUAGUCAAGUGUUAAAUACGUAGGACACAUAGACGUCAGUGUGCAGUGCAGGUCAAUUCAUUUCCUAGGCAGUGUAUUACCAAAAGUCGCCAGCAGAGGGUAAUAAGGCUGCAUACGAUGCACAGUGUUGCGAGUACUCUACAUGCUGUUGAAUGUGUUCUCUGU